GGUUCGAUUUUGCACCGAACCAAACCGAUGCUCACCCCUAAUUUUGAUCUGAUCUUGGUCUUGAACAUGAGUUUCAAAUAUUAGUUGAAAACACACGAAUUUAAGUUGAUUUGGGGUAAAAUUAGUAUUGUGGUGUGGAGCGGGCAGGGCAAUUCCGAUGAACGAGAAUGAAUUCCGGCAGCUCCUCGACCUCUUCCCCAUCGUCCGAUCUACCGAUUAUUGCGCUGUUUCGGAAUUUUCAAGGCAAUUAUCUGGGCCUGCUACAAGUCAGGAGGUGAAGGAAUGGCAAGAUGCAUGGAGUACUGAGGAUAAUAAUGAAGCAUUUUGGAGAAAACUAAAGGCGGCUGCUGAGCAGAAGGUGGGUGCAGCUGAUGCAGAAAGAUUUUGCAAGGCGUUUCAACAAGUUUAUAAGAAGCUAGUAAGUACAGUAAAUUUUUCGUUCUUUGGUUUUGCUACCUUGAAAUGCCCCAAAAGAUUGAAGUGUCGGAUUCAUUACAGUUGUUCACUGAACAUUCUUUCAUUCUACAAUCCUUCAGGUUUAUGAAGAAUUAACAACGGAUGCUGCUAGGAUAAUAAUGAAUUCAAGGAGUUCCCGAGGAAGAAAAGAAGGAGAAGAAUAAGGAAAUUGAUGUUUCAUACGGCCGUAUGUCAUGCAGUAGUAGCACGCAUUUAAGUAGGCUUUGGACCUGCCUUGGAUCCAAAUUGAUUCUGCAUCAAUUGCCAUAUCUAUUUUGUUUGUUCAUGGAUAGUGUCAUAUUUAUUGUUUUAGUAUAUACUGUCAUCGAUCUUCUGAAUUUGAACCUAUCUGUUUUAUUCAUGUAUAAUAUAUGCAGAUAUAUUUAGGAAA